AUGAGUGACAUUGUCACAAAAAGUGUUCAUCCUAGUUCCCCUCAGUACUAUUGGCUCACGGUUUAUGGUCUUCGACAUCGCUGCCUUUUCCCUCGUAUUGAAAAACUUAGCAGUGAUCGUUUCCUGGCGAUCUCCGAUAGCAUGGUAAAGGAGGAUGAGAGCGACUCCAAAGAAGGUUCUCAGAAAUUCUGCAUUGAAGUUGUCAUAAAAAACCUAGAGGCCUCGUCCGAUUACCAUCAGGAAGACGUCGAGUUGUCAUAUUUCAUAGGGGCCUAUGAGGAGCUGAAUAAGUUCAUCGGUCUUCUGGGAAAAAUAUUCCAUUUUGUGCAAGCAGAUGUUCGAGAGAAAACCAACAAGUUGCUCACUCUUCGCGAAAAGAAUCCGGAUUCUUACCGCAGUGUGAAGUCGAUGAUAACAUACGAGAACGAGCAACAGCACUAUCCUGGUUCAAAAGCGCUUCUUGGAUUGCAUCGAGCGCUGGAGUUCAUCGCAGCCUUUAUCGCCGCUCUAGCUGAAAGUACCAACGACGAUAGCCGUGGAAAUUCAAUUGUCGCAAAAGUUACGAGGGAACGCUAUCUAGGUUUCACAACUGGAUGUUGCGAAGAGCUGUCAGUUUGGCGUCCUACACUCUUCCAUCUCGUGGCCAGCUCAUCAUGUCCAUCCAUGGAGAUGUACCCGAGGAAGAUCAUAAUCGCUGCCACUUGUGCGGGACCUUCUUGUAUUCUUUAUGCAACGUCGGAUGGAAAGCGUAAAGCAGUACUCAAGCAUACGGAUGACUUAGUGUCUGCGUUUUUCGUUACUCAUGAAAAGCUGGUUACCAUAACAAAAUGUGGUGAUAUGAUCGAAUGGAUGAAAUCGGGAGACACCUUUGAACAAACGUCGUCCGACCGGGUCACUUCGUCCCCUGUGUUAAAAGCCUUCUACCUGCGUGAGGAGGAACGCUGUGUGAUUGUUACUGAUCAAAAAGCGCAUAUUACUGUUUCAAAUGUGGCACGAGAUAAAUCCCUGUCGCAGAUCGCUCAGCUUCCUGUUGGGCUUAGUUCUGAGCAAAUAGCCGUCACGAGCAGCUUCGUGGCGUACUGUAGUGGUAAGGAAGUGUUUGUAAUUCCUACCGAUGAAAAUCCAUCGUUUUCUGCUAGUAGCUACCUAUGCAAAACUCAUAUCGAAGGGUUUGGUGAUCGAAACGCAUCCAACGUUUUUGUAAGGAUCACGGCUUUAGGAGAUACGAUUGCGGCCACACUAGCCAUUGGAAGAGUUUACGUUUGGUCUCAUGUCUCCCAGAAAGGUAUACAAGAUUCUGCGUUUUCAGUGCACUGGCACAAGGUUGCUCCCAGUAUUGCACUGACUCAAUUCGGUGGUCUACUGUCCGCAGGUGCCGAGACCGUACUUUGCAAGUUCACUCUGAGUGGCGCAGGACGACCAAGCAUGUUGCCUCAUUUGGCAGCUCCCGUUCGAGACCUCGCGAUUUCUGACGAUGCCAGUCAUCUUGCUCUUAUAUUAGAGGAUAACUCGGUACAUGUGGUGCUGACGUCAAGUAUGACCGUGCUUUCUUCUCUGCAAACAGUGGUCACAUGUGGUCGCUCUCUAAACACAAUCUUCUGGCAGGCUGUAAGGGUCCUAGUAAUAAAAGCUGGAACGGCGAUUCUCUGUCGUUCAAAGGAUUUUUGCGAUCCUCUUUCACCUGGAGCACUAGUAAUGAAUGGUAAACCUGGCUCUUUGCAGUGGAUAGAUUGUGAGAAAUCAUUUACUCGUCAACAGGUUCAUUUUUCAUUAGAGAAUGUGGCCGAUGGUGACAUGUCGUUCACUGGUAUUACAUCAACUUUUCCGGAUGUGGAACAAGUGUUUUUCUCAGAUUCAAUAGUUGUCACUUUAGAGCGGAUUAUCAAUUUUGAGGAGGAGCAUAUAAUUUUGUCAAUUAUGAGCAGCGGUAAGGUGGACGUGUGGAUUCCACACGACGAAGGCACACGGUUCAAAUUGGACCCGACUCGGCAUCUUGAUAGGCGGUACGCGUUCCAUGCCGGAUCGGCAGUGCACAAUAAUAUGUGGGCGUCUGCUCACCCAGAAGGCGAAAAUGGCACUGAUGCUGUCAUUGUCUGGGAUACAACCGAUAUGAGUGAAAUGGAAGCGUUGCGAACAGAUGGUCGUGUUAGCUCUGUUGAAUUCGACGGCAAAGGCCAUCUGAUAUGCGCCACGGACAAAUCUGUACGCUGUUGGAGGCAUGUGGCAAUGAGAUUUGAAUUUUUAUGGGUGGUGGAACAGUCUCUUCGAAUAUGUGUAUCGCCCGUGGGAACCUUUGCAUGGUCCGAAAAUACAGUGAUAGAAUUUGACGCGGAGACAGCAGCCCUGAAGAGUUCGUUCUCAUUAGAAGCUCCAAUAACAGAUCUCGUUACUACAAGCGAUGAGGAUUCGAGUGUACUUGUCAUCGCUAAGACGGAAAAGGGUCUAUCGGUUGCGCAUUCGACAGCGUGCGUGAAGAAAUCCGAAGAGACGUCCAAGGCAAUGGCAAAAACGCCAUUCGCACAGCUCGCCCCAGUAGAAUCGUCGUCGUCACAGAAGGGUCCGAAU